UAUCAGCUGACUGCAUUGUGAGACACAAUUACGGCGCUGGCGGUUCAGUAAUGUAGAUCUGCUCCUUACAAAGAGGUACUAUUAAAUCUGCAUUACUGGGGUGCAGCUAUGUGGAGUUGGAGGCAGCUUUAGGGAGGUGUAACUGCAGUGGGAUCAGUGCAGUCGGAACCGUCAGUCAAGCUUUCUGAGGGACCAUGUUCUAGUGGCUCGUGCUGGCUGCCCACACUCUACCAUGAACAAUGAGGACGAGUUCUUUGAUGCCGUCACAGGCUUGGAUUCAGACGAGUCGUGUGAGGGCACUUCAGAGGCCAGCUUUAAAGAUGCUGUAGUGGACCAUGGUGCUGAAAAGAACAAUGGUACCAUACCACAGGAGAAUGGAAUCAAGAAACGCAGGUCAGCCCUUCCUGCCCCAAUGUUCUCACGAAAUAACUUCAGUGUAUGGAGCAUCCUAAAGAAAUGUAUUGGACUGGAACUGUCCAAGAUCACCAUGCCCAUUGUCUUCAAUGAGCCGCUGAGCUUCUUGCAGAGAAUCACUGAGUACAUGGAGCACACAUACCUCAUCCACAAAGCCUGUGCUCAGUCCGACUCCAUAGAGAGGAUGCAGGUGGUAGCUGCCUUUGCUGUGUCCGCUGUGGCCUCUCAGUGGGACCGAACUGGAAAGCCGUUCAACCCUCUCUUAGGAGAGACCUAUGAGCUCACACGGGAGGAUCAAGGGUUCAGGUUGAUUUCAGAACAGGUGAGUCACCACCCACCCAUCAGUGCAUUCCACGCAGAGGGUCUGUCCCAGGACUUCCUGUUCCACGGCUCUAUAUACCCCAAGCUCAAGUUCUGGGGCAAGAGUGUGGAGGCAGAACCCAAAGGAACCAUCACAUUAGAACUCCUGAAGCACAAAGAGGCAUACACAUGGUCGAACCCUUUCUGCUGUGUACACAAUGUCAUUGUGGGCAAACUGUGGAUUGAGCAAUACGGCACGGUAGAGAUAGUCAACCACAGUACUGGAGAUAAAUGUGUGCUGAACUUCAAACCCUGUGGGAUGUUUGGCAAAGAACUACACAGAGUGGAAGGCUACAUCCAGGACAAAUGUAAGAAGAAGCGCUGUGUCAUCUAUGGAAAGUGGACAGAAUGCUUGUGGAGUGUGGACCCACAGGUGUACGAGUCCCAUCGCAAGAAUGAUAAGAGAGGAACAGCAGACACCAAGAAACAGAAACCGGAAGAGUCAGAGGUUGCGGAGAAUGAGGAUGCGGAUGACAUGCCGGAGGUACAGGAGACUGUAGCUGUGAUUCCUGGUAGCACUCUGCUGUGGAGAGUAUCAUCUAGACCAUCUAAUUCAGCGGAGAUGUACAACUUCACUAACUUUGCCGUCAUGCUGAAUGAAUUGGAGCCUGGCAUGGAGGGAGUUUUGGCCCCGACAGACUGCCGCCUACGGCCUGAUAUCAGAGCCAUGGAGAACGGUGACAUGGAUGAGGCCAGCAGAGAGAAGGAGAGGCUGGAGGAGAAGCAGAGGGCAGCUCGUAAAGAGAGAGCCAAGAACAAUGAGGAGUGGUCCACCAGGUGGUUCGAGCUGGCCACGAACCCGUACACAGGAUUACAGGACUGGCUCUACACUGGAGGUUACUUUGAUAGGAAAUACACAGACUGUCCCGAUAUCUACUGACAGGGGACCAGCGUUCUGGAGUGCUCUCACUUCCUGCCCUACCCAGUGCCCCUCCACCAAGCAUCAUAUCGUAAACAUCAGGAACUGAUGUAGCAACACUAGCUGUUUCUUCAUCACUGCCCAAUCAACCAUACAAACAUCUUGUGAUUUAGGGAAACAUCCAUUAGUAAUUCGGUCCAUAGCAAUAGCGAAAUCAGGGAUUUUGAGCGCUCAUUCGAAUGAGGUGAAAGGGGAGGAGAGGAACACUUUGGAGAAAUUUAGGAUUUUUUUUCCCAAAUAAAAUGGGCUUUUUUUGCUGCAGGAGCACUUCACAGCACUUCAGACCAGCUUAUUGUUCAAACACGAGAAAUGUACAGAAGAUGAGAAGACAGACUGAGACUCAGAGAAUUGCCUUUUUCUCUGCCUUAGAACUGCGUCUCUGCGCCCCUGCCUAAUUUUACUUUCUCCCUACUGCCGUCAGACCUGCAGCAGCGUCUGUUGUCAUCAAAUACUUUCACCUUUCCCAGUUCAUUACUGCCUGCAUUCUUUUUACGACUGGUGGCUCAUCACAAGUAUUGCAUUUCUCCACAUUGGAUAACACUGAGCUGCUAAAAAUGCAGCUGCUCACCAUUAAAGUAGCCCAGUAUGAAAUCAUGUUAGUUAAUCCUAGUGGACUGACAGUGGACUCUUCCUCAUGUGUGAAUGUGUGAAGCCAUACCAUCUUCAACUUAAGGUACCAUUUGUUGCCCCCAGGGUUUCAAGAAAAAAGUAUUGAAAUGAUAAACAUGAUGAAACAUCUUUUUUCUGUUUACUGAGGGUGAAAUCUGCAUUCCAUAUGCCUCAUGAUUCAAAAUAUCCCAGUCAGCAUCAGAAAUGUAAAAGAAAAAGUCCUCAAUCCUGUCAUGCCUUAAUAGCUUUCGUGUUUUAUUUGUCAAAUUCUCUGCAGGUUUGUUUUACCACCAUCACUCUUCUAUAAUAUGGCAAGUUCUUUCACUUAAGUGUAGUUGUGUUUGUCCCCUAGUGUUUUUCCAGCUGAGCACCUAACUCACUCUUCAUAUUGAUUAUUGUAAAAUAUCACCAGUCACAUCAUAUUCACCACUAAACCCAAACUUACAAAGACACACACACUGUGCACUUGUAACAGCAGUCAGAAACUAUGCAAACUAUCACACAGCUCAAAUCCCGGUGUAGUAAGAUGUACCUGUGUAGUAGAUGGUCUGAAUGUAGAUGUGCAUAUAGUUUAGUCUUGAUGAAGAAGAACCCUAGAAGUCUAGAAUGACAGUUUAUGUGACUGUAAAGCUCCAGCAAUGUACCAUCUUAGCUAAUAGCCUUCCCCCUCAGUGCCCACAUGCAUUUGUGUUUAUAAUUACGUUGAUCAUUCCCCAUCAUAAACCUUACUCUGCUUUAAAAACAAUUAAUUUCAUGAUUUUUCUGAAUCACAUGAGCUCUAGCUGCGAUUAGUGCUGCAGAUCGUUAAAAGUAACCGAGCGCAUUUUGGAAGCACAGUGAUGAUAGAAUUUCAUUUUAUUUUAAAGAUUCAGAUCAGUUUUCUUUCCCCUCAGUGCCUGAAAUACAGAAUUGUCACUAAUACUUGACCAUUUUAUUAAGUUUGUCUUUCACUCAGUGUCAUGGGUGUUUUUAAUAUUCGUUAGGACCUUUUUUUUGUCCGUUUGUCUCUCUCUGGCUAACCAAAUUUCACUUUCAUCUUUUUCUGUGUGAAUAACGAUUUAAAGAACUUCAACGUCAGCAAGAAUGUCGGCACAUUUUCACAAGCUGUAUGAUGUACACGUGUACAGUUCAUCACACUACUUGAUUGCAUCCAUUAAUAUAGUUGCUCAUUCAUUUAAAUGUACAUUUGAUUAUUUGAAAGCUAGCAAUAUAAAAACUAAUAUACAACAUUAAAAUAUAGAUUUUAUUUGCCUUUGUGUGGAUUCAUUUUGUAAGUUCAGUGUUUUACCAUUUACUCACUUGUGCAUCGUGUUCCUGUGUACAGAUGCCUUUAUGUUGUUCCAGAUGUUGCACAUAUGUUUAGUAAUCACGAACACAUAGCUUAUUAUUUUGUGCAAUGAUUUAUUUUUAUAGUAUUUAAAUACUUUUUUGUCGGUGAGAAAUGAUUAAAAACGUUUUAUUUUCAGUUGGGGGUUAAUUUUUUUGACUUAAUUUCCAUUAAAAUUUGAAAGGAU